AUGAGUUGGACGUUCUCCAUCUGGUUGGCGGCGGCUCUGAUGGCUCUAUGUAGAGGACAAGACAUUGGCUAUGAAGGAAAUAGUCUGUCUCCAUCUGGCUACCAUCUUUGUAUUCACAACGAGACAAGGAUUGUGAGUUACCUGGUGAUGCACAAGGCUCCUUAUACUGUGACAAACAUUUGUGGCGGCUGGCUCCUCUGGAAGACAUGUGAAGUGACUGUCUACAAGAUGGUUCCUCAGACAGAACACAAGACAGUGACGGAGCUGGUCACCAAGUGCUGCGAUGGCUACGUACAAGUCGGUCGUUACUGCGCCCUGCCUGUAAACAGGACUGGAGAGCUCCUCGCCAAGCCAGGCUCAUGUCCAACUGCAGAUGGACUUUGUCCCAUAGCAGAGGACUGUGUGUGGGACAUGGACUGCCCAGGCUGGCAGAAAUGCUGCCAGAGACUGGGUCUCUCUUUCUGCAGUCAACCUUCAAGCUCAGCUAAUCAUUUUGUGAAUGGAGGAUACCGAUGGAAUGCAACAGUCACGGUGAAGACAGAUCACCAGCAACUGUUGGCCCAGGAUGAAGGACUUCUGAAUCACACACGAUUACUACAUGCAAUGGUGACUGGAGCUUUGCAGCCUGAUGAGGUUUCAGUCCGUUACCUCAGCUCAUGGCCUGUGCAUCCAUACAGGACUGCAACGUCACUGCUGAUCGUCUGCAGCUCCACUCUGUCACUUCACAAUGUCACAUCAAAGCUGCAUCUGCUCCUGAAACACAUACAAGAGGUGACAUCUGUAACAGUGGAAGAUGUGGAUGAGUGUGUGCAGUCUGCUCUCCAUCAGUGCUCCCCUCAAGCACAGUGUAACAACACAGUGGGAUCCUACCAGUGCACCUGUCACCAAGGAUACAUUGAUGUUGAGCCUAGCAACCCUGGAGCCAAUUGUACAGCUGGUGAUGGUGUGUGGACCAGCACAGAGACCCCGCUGACCCACCUUCCACCCAUGACCACAACCUACACUCCAGCCCCCAACACCACACAGGAUCCUCUAGGUAGCAGCACCACUGUUAGCUACAACUCCUCUGAGAUCAGCAUGACCACAACUGAGGAGUUACCACUGCCGACAACCACAUGCUCUCCUCCCAGCAUCACCACCUUAACGUUGUUUAACGUUACUGGAACCUCCCUCUGUGUGUUCUGGUCCAGCCAGUUUCAGACAAACCAGACCUACCGGGUUGUUCUGAGGAAGGGGUCAGAGGUCAUUCACCCUUUAGAAACUCAUCAGACCAUGAUGGAGGUGAGGGGACUGCAGCCUGGGGGGCUCUACAACAUCACUGUCACUCCUAGGGCAUGCGGAAGAGAAGGGGUCUCCCAACAUGUAUUGGCCAAGACAGAUGCUCAGACUCUUGACGCCACAACUCGCCUCACCAACAUCAACUUCACUGAUGACCUGCACAACUCCAGCAGCCAGGCCUACAAAAACCUCACUGCCAGUAUCAUAGAGGAGAUCUACCAGUCUCUGUCUGAGGAAAUGAAGCUCUUGGUGAGGAUUGAGAUCAGGAGCUUUUCAGCGGGCAGUGUGGUGGUCAACUUCACCCUCACCCUCAUCCUCACCCCAAGCCAAAGCCAAGACAUCAAUAAUGUGUCCCUGGCUCUGCUGAACUCCUUGAUGAACAGCUCCAAAUACACUGUGGAUAGAAACAGCACAAGCAUAACUGAUUUUAAUGAAUGUGAAUCAGGGGAAAACGACUGUUCCCAAUGGGCUUCAUGUAAGAACACCAAUGGCUCUUACACGUGUGUUUGCAAGGAAGCGUAUACAGACAACAACCCAGACAGGCCUGGGCGAGCCUGUAAAGCAAAUGCUUCCUCGGAGACAAUCACACCAUCACCAAUACCUACAAUAUUCUCUACAGCUGGCACAACCCCCCUAUCUCUAACGACGGCCUCAACCAGGGAUCCAGCUUUAACCACAGUAACAACCACUCCAAACAUAACCACUGUUAUUAUAUCAACAAGUGAAAUGGUUUCUAGUACAGCCACACCCACCACAGCGGGCUCAACCACCUCUACAGUCAUAACUGUCGCCACUCUAGCUGCCACUACUCCUGCAAUGACAACCACUACUAACCCAGCAACAACAACCACUGCUGCACCAACGACCACUACUGCUCCAGUAGCUACUGCUACAGCCGCAACAACCACAGAUAGUGCCCCAAUAACCAUAACUACUUCCCCAAUAACCAUGAGUACUGCCCCAACAACCAUGACCACUGGCCCAACAGCUAUGGCUACAGCUGCGACAACAACCACUACUGCCCCAACAACCACUACUAAUGCCACAACAGUCAUCACUACAAACUCAACAGCCACAAAUAGUCCCCCAAUAACCAUCACUACUGCCCCAACAACCAUCACUACUGACCUUUCUACCCCAGCAACCAUCACUACUGCCCCAACAACCACUACUGCCCCAACAACCACUACUACUGCCACAACAGUCAUCACUACAAACUCAACAACCACAAAUAGUCCCCCAAUAACCAUCACUACUGCCCCAACAACCAUCACUACUGCCCUUUCUGCCCCAGCAACCAUCACUACUGCCCCAACAACCAUCACUACUGCCCCAACAACCACUACUGCCACAACAGUCAUCACUACAAACUCAACAACCACAAAUAGUCCCCCAAUAACCAUCACUACUGCCCCAACAACCAUCACUACUGCCCUUUCUGCCCCAGCAACCAUCACUACUCCCCCAACAACCAUCACUACUGCCACAACAACCACUACUGCCACAACAGUCAUCACUACAAACUCAACAACCACAAAUAGUCCCCCAAUAAACAUGACUAUUGCCCCAACAACCAUCACUACUGCCCCAAUUACCAUGACUACUGCCCCAACAACCAUCACUAAUGCCCCAACAACCAUAAAUACACCCCCAACAAACAUCAAUACUACAAACACAUCCAUAACUUCUACUCCUGCACCCACUGUUACCAACACAACUGCUGCCGCUGCUACAACCACUGCUUUGGCCCAGAGAACCCAUUCUGUGCAAGGGGCCAUCUCAGUGCAGUGCAGGGUCACUUCCAUCACCGUAACAGUUGCCAGAGAAUUUCUUCUGACCACCCAAAUCAAUGAGAGCGCCCUGUACUUGGGCUCGCGGGAAUGCGGCGUCAACGGAGGCAAUGCCACCCAUGCCCAGCUGACCGUGGCCUGGAAUGAGUGCGCCACUAUACUUACACAUAAUGAAACUCACUACACAGUGUCUGUGACCCUGUUCAACUCCAUGGAUCCAAACAUCUCACCCAGAGUUCAGCUGGAGAUUCCCAUCAUGUGUCCCUACAUGAACAGCAUGCUUAUCUCUGCUGACUUUGGCUCUAUGGGGUAUGAAAUUAUCAACGAUAUCAUUAUGGGCCUGGGGUCGUUCCAAGUGAUGGUACGGUUGAUGAAUGGGACAGUCCCUCUGCCCCACAACUACAGCUUGUCGUCUGAAGACUCGGUGGUGGUGGAGGUCAGCCUGAACACCUCCUCAGAGCAGAUUAAAGUAGUCAUCAACAAGUGCUGGGCUACUCCCACCCUGAAUCCUGCAGAUACCCAAAGCUACCCCUUCAUCGAGAACAGCUGCUCCCUUAACACGUACACCAACGUGUUGAUGAAUGGGAACUACAGCACAUCUCGAGUGUCUGUGCAGAUUUUCUCCUUUGUCAAACUGGACGUGAUCUAUCUGCACUGCCAGGUCUACAUCUGUGUCCAGAUUGGAUCAGACACCUGUGUGCCUGACUGUGUGCAUAGAACAUCUCGAUCUAUGAACAGACUGGGAACAUCUCACGGUUCCACUGGACCUCUACAAAGACUUUUUGAUUACAACUUGGACGAGAAGUUUGACACUGUUCAUAUUAUCGGCUUCUCCUGUCUCGGAGUCGGCCUGUUCCUCUUCUUCAUCCUAGGCUUCGUCUGCCUUUUCUACUACCAGAGGAACCGCAUCGGACACUACAACUUCAGUGUCAAACCCAAGCCGGAGAACUUCACCUACCUUGUCUUCAACACCUAAGGGUGCAGCAGCGGAUGCAGCAGCAAGUGCAGCACCCCCCACAACCAAAGUCACAGAACUGGGAACCAACUUUAAACACACUCUAUUUCUGAUUUGUCGCCACUAGAUGGCACUGUUCUGGAAUUUUCACAUUAGUUCUGAUUAAAAUAUUGCAAAUCUCUGCACAUGGAAAAAUAAAUGAAGUACAGAUGAUGUUGUUAUUUACCUGCCCACUUUAUAUAUAUAUACAUUGUAGUUGUUGUUAGUUUUACACUGAAAUGUCAAAUAUAUAGAUGAAUGUUUUAAACCAAAAAUAUAAAAUAUAUUUGUUACAUAUUUAAAAAAUGCAAAGCUUUAGAAGCAACAGAUGUGAUAAUGGAGUUACAAUCUAAGAAGGGAAAACAGGCAGACAAUGUAAUGACUAUAUUUAUAUAUAUAUGUGACUAUAUAUAACUACUACACAUUUACAGUUCGUAUAAAUUAUCAUAUUCAUGUAGUCCAAUAUCCUUACACUGUGUUCAAUAAUGUUCAUGCACUUUUCCUUUUAGCUGCUGUUUUUUGUUUUUACCAUUACACGUUCAGUGAACUGUUUGUAACACAUCUGAAAUAUUCAUUGCGUGCUGCACCAGACAGACGGUACUUGUGCUGUGACAAUAAACCUGUUCUGUAUGAACGCCGACA